GGAGUUGGUCGAUUUCAUCGAGCCUGCACCACUGCCACCGUCCAUCUUCCUCGACCUUCCUCAGACGACCCACGGUGACUCAAAGCAGCUGCAGGAUGACAUGUCCCUGACAUACAUCUCACACAUGCUCAUGGAGGAUGACAUCAAUGACAAGUUAUCCUACAAGUACACUGACCACCUGAAGCUCCUGCGGGCCGAGCAACCCUUCGCCCAGAUCCUCUCCGCUGCUGCUAACACCUCAUUAGGUGCCCAGGACUGCUCAGCACCCGAUGCGUUUGUCUCUGCCUUGAUGCCCAACCAAGACAACAACAAAGACAGCAUAGAUUGCGAACUCUUGUCCAGCGAGGUACAGGAUCCGACCUUCUUGAAUGGCACAGACUUGGUGAAGUCCAACAGUACCCAGUUUCCCGGUGAGAACAACAGCAGUACCAGCAUGGCAUUCUUCAAAGGAAUGGAGGAGGCCAGCAUGCUCUUGCCUAAACACAAUGGGAUGUCGGAUCGUAGGGGCCAUAAGAACAGGUUUGGUGUGGAUGGUGAGACAGCUGCAAGCAUGGGCAGGAGCAGCAAGCAAAUAGCGGUGCUGGUGCAUACUGACUCGGAGGAGGACACCGCACUUCAGAUGUUGGACCGGCUCAUCCUCAAUGGCUACAACAAGCAUCCUAGUGAGAUGCAGGAUGUACUCAUCACUCUGGACAAGGAGAACAAGGCGGCACAAAAGAGCAUCCACAGGCGUGGGAGGCGCAGGGCAACGCAGCCAGUGUUGACUGACCUAGAAACACUGCUAAUCCGCUGUGCGGAAGCAGUGUCCAGGAAUGACCGGGGCGGCGCAAGCGAGCUGCUGGAGCGAAUCAGGAGGUACUCCUCGCCGAGGGGGGACGCUAGCCAGCGGCUGGCACAUUACUUCGCCCAGGGGCUUGAAGCACGGCUGGCCGACACAGGGAGCCAGUUAUACCGCUCGCUCAUUGGGAAGCACCUCUGCACCGUGGAGCUCGUCCAGGCCUACUAUCUGCACAUGGCUACCUGCUGCUUCAUCAAUGUGGCAGGGCUCUUUUCCAACUGUACCAUCUACAACGCCGUUGCAGGGAGGAGGAAACUGCACAUUGUGCACUAUGGCAUGAUAACCGGGUACAAGUGGCCAUUGCUGAUCCAGCGGCUGGCGGACAGAGAAGGUGGGCCACCGGAGGUGAGGAUUACUGCCAUCAACAACCCUCAGCCUGGGUUCCGUCCAGCUGAGCCAAUUGAGGAGGCAGGGCACCGGCUCAGAAAUUGUGCAAUGAAGUUCGGCGUGUCAUUCAAAUUCCACGCCAUCGCAGCAAAGCCAGAGGUGGUUCAUGCUGAGGACCUCCACAUCGAUCCCGAUGAGGUGCUCGUCGUGAACAGCCUAUUCCAGUUCAGGACCUUGAUCGACGAGUGCCUCACAUUUGACAGGGUAAGCCCAAGAGACAUGGUGCUCAACACUAUAAGGAAGAUGAAGCCGUCUGUGUUCAUCCAUGCUGUCGUCAAUGGAUCAUACAGUGCAGCGUUCUUCAUGACGCGGUUUCGCCAAGCAUUGUACAACUUCACAGCGUUGUUCGACGUGAUGGAUACCACCAUUCCACGGGACAACAACAGCAGACUGGUGGUGGAGCGGGACAUUUUUGCUUGGUCAGCUAUAAAUAUGAUCGCCUGUGAAGGCACAGACAGGGUGGAGCGCCCUCACCACUACCGGGAGUGGCAGGCACGGAACCAGCGGGCAGGGCUAAGACAGCUGCCAUUGGACCCUGAUAUUUUUGUGAUGCUCAAGGACGAACUGAAGAAUAAGUACCACAAGCAUUUCAUGAUCGAUGAGGAUCACCAAUGGCUUCUGCAGGGAUGGAAAGGCCGUGUGCUCUACGCCCUCUCGACAUGGGUAGCAGAUCAUGCUAGCAGUUCUAACGUUACAUAGAUUCAACUACCAAUGGAUGCUUGGGAACAUUUGCUCUGCAUUUGUGAAGUUUGAUCCAGAACAUUUUUAUGCAGCUUAUUGGUCCAGGAGUAAAGUUGCAACAGUCCUCUUGGAACUCUUAUACGUUAAUGAAAAUCUACUGUGCAACCUGCAGCAAGGUGCAUAUCAAGAAUAAAGUCUCGCAUGUCAUUUACUUUUUGUGAUUGACAUUUAGAUCAUUGUUCAUAGAUUUUAAAUUAAAAAAUUAUCUGCUCAAUCCCUGAGCUAAACCAGCAGAAUUGUACUCCUACAGAAGCGAUUAGUGGUUCAUACUUGUAUAGAUC